GUCAUCGUAUGAUGCUCAGCCCAUAUAAGCGCCGACUUCUGGGAUGGCUGAGUUAUGCAUUUGCAAGCGAGGUAUUCGUCGUCGUUUCUUUGACGUUGUUCUUACCCAUCUGCUUGGAACAAUUCGCAAGUGACAAUGGCUACCUAAGUCCAGAAUACGUCCAGCCAUGUUCGUCCUCGUCAGGGAGCGGGACUUCAUAUGCGGAUGAGAGGUGUGCGGUUAAGAUUGGGUGGGUUUGGAUCGACACCGCCAGCUUCAGUCUAUACGUAUAUUCUAUGUCCGUCGCUUUUCAGGCUUUGACGGUCAUUUCGAUGGGCAGCGUUGCCGACAGACCGACGUGCCGGAAACCACUCCUGCUCACGUUCGCUUUCAUCGGCGCGUUCUCUGCAAUGCUAUUUCUACCCUUGUCCUCCAAGUCACCGUUAUGGUUCCUAUGCGCCGUGUUCGCCAUUCUCGCAAAUGUCGGCUUCGGUGCUUCCAUUGUCGCCAUGAACGCCUACCUUCCAUCCCUCGCGAAUGCGUCCCCCGAAGUAGUUGAUGCACGUAUGCACCUCGGAGAACUGGAUCCCUCGUCGGAAUCUAUUCCUGAGUCAGUCGAAGUCGAGGACGAACAGCCGUUGGUGUCUAGUCAGGAUUCUGUAUCUGCCCCUUUACUGGGCAUAUCAACACCUCCCAAGAUCGAUCAGAAUGCAUUCAAUGCAACGCUUUCCCGGGCUACUUCCCGCAUCUCUGCGCUGGGAAUCGCAUCUGGCUAUGGCGCUGGCAUAAUCCUCUUACUGCUUUCGCUGAUUCCUGUCACAAAACUUCGUGGCUCAACGUUUUCUCUUCGUCUCGCUAUUGGGCUUAGCGGUGCCUGGUGGGCCGUCUUUUCAAUACCUGCAGCUAUAUGGCUACCCAACGGUACGCACGACGAUGUCGUCUCUUUUGACUCUGCCGCCGGAAAGCCAGGGGAUCAAUGGACUCUAUCGUCUGAGAUCGUGGCCGCUUGGAAAAAGUUGGGCGUGAUGCUGCGAUGGAAUCAAAUCAAGCAACUCCAACAUACUUUCAGAUACCUCGCCGCGUGGUUCCUACUUUCUGAUGGGUUCACAACGAUCACUUCAACAGCAGUCCUCUUCGGGAAAACAACGUUACACAUGGAACCUUCUUGGUUGGUGCUCAUUGGCGCCAUCACACCUGCGAUGGGAAUCAGCGGCUCACUCGUGUUCCCGUACCUCCAACACAAAUUUUCUUGGUCCAACCUCAAGGUUGUCGUCAUCCUUGUCAUCAUGGUUUCGUGUAUACCCGCAUAUGGAUGCUUGGGUUUCCUUCCUAUCGUGAAGGGUUUGCCCUUUGGAGGACUCACAACACCUGGCGAAAUGUUCGGGCUAGCAAUUUAUUUUGGUUUUGCGUACGGCGCGUUCCAGAGUUAUGCGAGGGCUUGCUAUGCCGAGCUCAUUCCCCGAGGAGAAGAAGCACGAUGGUACGGUCUAUUUUCAAUCACGGACAAGUCGAGCUCCUUCGUUGGCCCUCUCAUCGUAGGGCUCAUUGCAGAUGCGACCGGCAACAUUCGCUAUGCAUUCUUCUUCCUCGUCUUUAUGAUUUGGCUCGCUGUACCCAUACUCCUCAGUGUUGAUGUGGAGCGAGGUCGAGCAGAUGCGCACAACCACCCCAUAAACCAGAGUUUCUGCGAGGUCUCUUCUAGCGGGUCAUAGUUAGCCCGACUUACAUAGUAUAUAAUGGGAGAAUCAUUGGUUAGGGCGUGUACUAGUAUAAUUUAGCUUGAGCA